AUGUCACAAGCAUCUGGUUCUAUCACUAAUAAGUUUGUCCAAAAAAUUGCUUCUAAAGAAUUUAGAAACUAUUUAAUGAGUACUCAUUUUUGGGGACCUGUUGCCAAUUGGGGUAUUCCUCUUGCUGCUAUUGCAGAUACUAAAAAGGAUGCUAGUUUAAUUUCAGGCAAUAUGACUGCAGCCUUAUGUCUCUAUUCUGGUCUUUUUAUGAGAUUUGCUUUAGCAGUGAAGCCUGCUAAUUAUUUAUUAUUUGCUUGUCAUGCUACAAAUGAAGUUGCUCAAUUAACGCAAGGUUAUCGUUGGAUUAAAUAUAACAAGUAA